GUGUCUAGCAACAGCUAUAAGCCCAGACAGCCGGCGGCAACGGGAGCGGUGUUUCUUGGUGUGUCUUUGGUGUGAUUGUUCGUUGCCGGUUGUUCAUAAGUAAUAGUGGUUUAGCUGAAAAAACGGUGAAACAACAACCCUGACCCCUGCACAGAGAUAUGAGCGGCAGCGGGCGGCCCAGGACCAGCUCGUUUGCUGAGCCGCCAGGUGUUCCAGGAGCCGCUGCUGCGUCCGCCGGAUCAGCCGCUGCCGUGGGGAGCAGCACAGGAAAGACCGGGGUCUCGCAGGCCUCCGGUAGCAGCUCGUCAGGAUGCUCCAACCUUAAGCUUGCCAGAGACAGCGGGAAGGUGACAACAGUCGUGGCCACACCGGGUCAGGGACCGGACCGCCCACAGGAAGUCUCCUACACUGACAUCAAGGUCAUUGGCAAUGGGUCGUUUGGUGUGGUGUACCAAGCUCGCCUCAUCGACACACAGGAGAUGGUGGCCAUCAAAAAGGUUCUGCAGGAUAAGAGGUUCAAGAAUCGGGAACUACAGAUCAUGAGGAAGUUGGACCACUGCAACAUUGUCCGAUUACGUUAUUUCUUCUACUCUAGUGGCGAGAAGAAGGAUGAAGUGUACCUCAACCUCGUGCUGGACUUUGUCCCCGAGACGGUCUACAGGGUUGCCAGGCAUUUUAACAAGGCCAAGAGCAUUAUUCCUAUCAUAUAUGUGAAGGUGUACAUGUACCAGUUGUUUCGCAGUCUGGCUUAUAUCCAUUCCCAAGGUGUGUGUCACAGAGACAUCAAGCCCCAAAACCUGCUCGUCGACCCAGAAACUGCCGUCCUAAAGCUGUGUGACUUUGGCAGCGCAAAGCAGCUUGUCCGGGGUGAACCAAAUGUGUCGUAUAUCUGCUCACGGUACUACCGUGCCCCAGAGCUGAUUUUUGGCGCCACAGACUACACGGCAAACAUCGACAUCUGGUCAGCUGGCUGCGUACUGGCAGAGCUGCUGCUCGGACAGCCCAUAUUCCCCGGCGACAGUGGAGUGGAUCAGCUAGUGGAGAUUAUCAAAGUGUUAGGAACACCAACAAGGGAACAAAUUCGAGAGAUGAAUCCAAACUACACAGAAUUCAAGUUCCCUCAGAUCAAAGCGCAUCCUUGGACCAAGGUGUUUAAACCUCGCACCCCUCCAGAGGCCAUUGCGCUUUGCUCUCGGCUGCUGGAGUACACGCCAGCCUCACGCCUCUCCCCGCUAGAGGCCUGUGCACAUGCCUUCUUCGACGAACUGCGCCAGCCAAACACGCGGCUGCCCAGUGGACGAGAACUGCCGAUGCUCUUCAACUUUAGCACCACAGAGCUGUCGAUCCAGCCUCAGCUGAACUCAAUCCUCAUCCCUCCUCACGCUCGCUCUCACACAGCUGCUUCUGCACACGAUGGUCCCGGUUCAGAUUCAUCUCAACACAGUUCAGUACCAGGAUCUCUCAACAGCAUCUGAAGCAGCUUCUCACCCAUCUGCCUGCAAAGCAUCACCCUGUUUUCUCAGACACACACACACUCUGUGUCCACAGCUGUCCACCGUGCUGCUUUGCUAUCUUCCUCCAUGGUCUGUUUCUGUACAGUAAAUCCACUGAGCAAACCCUUCGUUGUUUAGCUGUCAGGGUCGAAACUACGGCAGGAGAUUGUUACACACACACCGAAUCGUCCCGCUGCUGCUCGGGUGGUUUUAGAAGGUUCAAUAGUCGGGGCUGGUCCUCUGUAUUAUAAGCUUUUGUUAACCAUUUUUUUCCUUUUUGUUUUCUUUGUUUUUAUUUAUUUGGCUAGGUAAAAUCAUUAUAUACUUGUUUUUUCCCCCUCACUUUUAAGAUUAUUUUUUUAUUCAGUGUUUUUAAAUGAGUGCACGCUGCCUGAACAAGACUAGAACUGGGCCCCUUAUCACAGGUCAUCACAGUAGGACUUUUAUUUAACUCAGGAUGGGAGAACAGUUGCAGGGACAUUGACAUUAUUUUAGUCCAGUCCUGUACCUAAGUUACAAGUCAGACCUUCAGCUCUUGUUGUUUUAGCUGCAGAUGGAAGAAAAAAACAGGCCAGUGCCAGAUAAAUGUCAGAGUUUGCCUCGUGUUGGAAACAAGCAUCCCUACAGGUGUGUCUGGUAAAGGAACUAAACGCUUCUCUGACUAAACUAUAUAUACCCAACAAGGAAAGAGUCUUAAUUUUUUUGUGGCUCGAGACCUUUUCUCAGUUUUUAACCAUGUUUUUACUUUUAAAAUUAGGUCCCACAUUGUCGGCCACAGAGGCAUAUUUGUAGGUAAGAGCACUUAAGUGCAACUCGAAAAGAAGGCGUCACUUUUCAGGAAAUUGUUUUAGACCUAUUAGGGUUGGGAAAAAGAAAUGGCCUCCUCAGAAAUGUUUCUAGAUGGCUGGACAGAAGCGUGGCUGCUCGUUCUCCUUCUUCACAGGUAAUUUGGCUGCGUUCGCCUGAUCAUGAAAUGUCAGAAAAGGUUCAGACAGUACUUUUAGUCUUAGAUCAGUGUUGUGAAAGAAGAUUGCAAAAGUUCCCCAUAAUGUGCAAGAGGAGUUGGAGACUUUAUAUUAAAAAAAUGUCUUUUCUUUAAGCAAGCAGAAAAGGAAAACUUUCAGCCUUCCCCAAAGACAUGUUUAAAUUUCAGCCUUCUUUGGAAACGGCUCUGUGUUCUGCUGUUUUAACUAAACCAAAAAUGUAGUUAUUUCUUUACUAUAUUUCCAUAUCUGCUUCCUUUUUAAGAUUAAAUUCUGUGAUAUGAAGUCAGUAAUAUGAACAUAUAAAUUGGUGUUACAGUCUGAAAUUAUUCAGACUUUUAAUGGCUUAAAAACAAGAAGCAGAGAAUUAUCUGAUUGGUCCCUCAUCCAGUUUUUGUAGUUGUGUGGAUAUGAAAGCCUCGAAACUUCAGUUAAAACUUACCAGAAAAAUUGAUUUAGAUGCAAAUCAUGUCCAGAUAUCAGAAAGCUGUUUUUUGGGGGUUUUUUGUUUGUUUUUUUUAAUCCUCCUUGGUUUGGAAAUGUGGCGCUUGAGUAUUUGUCUCACUGUUGAUUAAAGGCAGCAGAGAAACAAAUGAGAGCUCCGGCGAGUUCGUGUUUAUUUAUUAGGUUGUCUUUGGAUGAGAGUUGGAGUUAAUCUGAAGUCGUGGUGAUGGUGCGAGGAUAAAUGGAGCUGGGCUAUCAGCUCAUCAGUGCUGACGUAAGAAGAAGCAUAUCUGUAGGCAAGCAGGGAAAUCCCUUUAAGCUGAGUGUGUGUUUGUGUGUGCGUGCAUAUAUGUGUGUGUGUUGUACUCCUGUGUUCUUGAGGACCAACUCUGAUUUAACCCCCGUGAUGGUGAGGAUGUUCUACCUGUCCUCACUGUAUUGUUUUGGUUUUUUUCUUUAAAUAGUUGGUGCCCAGAGAAUGUAUCGCUGUGUGUUAGUAGAAGUGUGUGUGUCUGUGUGUGUGUGUCUGAGAAUACUCCCACCUACAGUCUGAACAGCCAGUGUUUUAGGAAUAGAGCAGCCAACAAUACUGAUUUUUAGUACGCAGUACAGACCACUUGAAAGUUUGUAGUAUAGUAUAUUUGAUACUAUUGUACCGUUGCCUCCACCUGCUCUUUUCCUCCACCCCACUUUUUUUUUUUUUCCCUUCAAAUUGCUCCACACGUUCACAUUAAUUUUACACGAGGAGAAUCACUCUUCCCCGCCAGCCGCUUCGUUUGUUUGUGGCGGAUUAAAGCCGGCUGCAUCCCCCUUUCUCUGCUGUAAGAGUCCAACCAGCACGUUUGAUCGACUCUGCGGGUCGACGGCGUUCACACGCAGAGCUGUCAGUCUUUUCUGAGGCAAUGAAAAGCUGUGACCAAGCCUGAGGAGAGGACUCAAACGUGGCUGGUUUCAGAAGCCAUUUUACUUCCUAACUCUCCUCCUCUUAUCGCACGUGUAAAUAUCACUGAUUUUUAUUUGUUCCUCUUUUUACUUUUAUUACAGAGUUGUUUAUAUCUUAUUUCCCCUCAUUAAGCUGUCUUAGUUCCUGCAUUUUUGUAAAUAAUUUUUUUCACUAUCCAAAAUGUAAAUACUGCAAAAGUGAAAAGGAAAAAAAAAAACAGCCACUCCUCAUGUUUGUUGACGAUCUUUCUCCCUCCUUCUCUCUCUUGUGUACCAGUGAAACUGUUUAGUAGCUCGUCCUGUCUCUCCUUUAGUCCUCUGUGGACUGACUGACUGCUGAAUGAGCCUCUUAUAAGGGUUCUGUUCCAUAAUGCUCUCUCUCAGCUCACCGAGUGUGAAUAUAAUCAGCUAAUCUGACGCCUGUGAAGGACUGAGCCAUUUAAAAGCAGCAUCCUGGGUUUGAGUCUAUCCCGAGAAGCCAGCCAGUGACGUCAAUAAAUGUGAAAUGUCCAGAACAUUAAACCAUUAAAGUGAGACUUAAGGGGUUUAUUUUUGAUUUAAGUGUGAUUAUAUCUAAAAGAGCUGUUUAUGUACAGGAUGUUCCACUUACUCCCACCUGCACUAAUUCAAUCCUCCAACAGGUCCUUUUCCUGCAGCUUGCCCCAGAAAGAGGAAAAACAUGGACUGUAUAUUUAAUUGGAAAAACAUAAAAAAAGCCAAAGAAAAUCUCUUUGCAGGUUGUGUAGGUCAUAUUUACAGCAGUCAUUACCUUUUGACUGUAGAUGGCGAACACCAGCAAGCCUAACCCUUAUAGCACAGAUAAAGUAAUGCACUCCUUUUCAUUAUUAGGCUAAGUAAUUGCUCCUGUUACUGCUUCACAGGGGGUAGAGUACAAAGUACAAGGAGCUCAUAACAAUUCAGCGAAGGUCAGUGCGCAGUGUAGUUAUUUUAUUCCUCACACUCAAACGCACCACUCUCACUCAUUUCAGUCAUAGAGUUUGGUUUGUUAAGCACAGACUGUAUAUAAAAGAUGGACGUAGCCCCUGAUUCUGAAAAGCGAAGCCAAAGUUCUGGUUGCUUAGAUGGCCCAUCAGUGUAUUUAUCACCUCUUCAUACGUUAGUCAUUAGUAUCCUUCGUUUCAGUCGCUUCAAUCACUCGUCUUGAAGUGUAGUUUAUGUUUUUGGACACGCCCACUUGUCUGUUUUUACUGCAAGUCUCUGAACAUGGAUGGAGAAUAAAUCAGGGCGUGCUUAUUGGUUAACAAGUUGCGAUCUUACUUUUCUUUCAUUUCAGAGUCGGGUCUACCCCCUCACUAUGAUGUCUCGUUACAGAAAGCUAAGAUGGCGACAGUGAAAAUAUCUGCUCAGGGGCUUUACAACAUGCCCUCACUAACCAGUGGGUGACGUGACAGGAGUUGUGUCCAUCUUUUAUUUACAGUCUGUGACAUAAAGUUGAAAGAGUUAACUCUUAGCUUCUCCAGCUGCAGUUGAGAACUUUUAUCAGAGUUCAUAAAGCUCUUUAGUAUUUUUUGUUUAUUUUUAUGUGUGUGGUUGUACUUCCUGUAUUUCUUGCCUUUUAAGUGAAGCAGGUUUAAAAAGCACCUGAGAUUUACAUGUCCUACUGAGUUAUAUGAUGGUGCUUUAUUAGGUGCCUCUGUGUCUCCCAUUAUACGAAAUGUGUCCUUCAGUGUUGGCGCUCUGAGGCUUAACCACAGCUCCAGUUGUCAUCGUCAUAAGGAGCUUGGAGGAGUGUUGGUGACUUUCCAGGAUUAACAGCUUUUCACUUUUGACUUCCACUUGCCUCAAUCUAGGCGUUUAUUAAGCUGCUUGGUUAUGGUUUGUGCUUUUUACCCAGAGCAUCACAACACAGAUGCCAGCAGGUGUGACAAUGCAGUCUUAACUGACGCCUCGGGAUCAGAGCGAGCUUCUCAUUAAUUCUCAUUUUGGAACAGAACUCUUUUUGCUUGUUGUGACAGUUUGCAAAAUAUGAUUACUGUGCAGUAUCGAGAGGAAACGAUCUCACUGGUGUUUAGUUGGGUUAGAGUCCAGCUAGUACUCAACAUGUGGGCAUUUUUGUGUUUAUGCGCUGUGUGGCAUUCAGAAUCGCUGCUAACGAUCACAACAGGGUGGACUUGGGCGCCUGUGUUACGACAGACCUAUCAGGUGUGUGUGGAUGUACAUUACUGACAGUUUCAUGAAGUCUGAAUCUCAGAAAUUGUUCUUAAAUUCUCUGAAAACUCAGAUGUUAAUAUUACCUCCUUUAAAAAAAACUGAUCGCAUCUCUGUUCAUUUUUUAUUUAAUCUGUUUACUUUAGUGUCACUCUAGCCCGUAGACCACUGAGCCUGAGUGAUGGAGGGAGAGGGAGAGAGAAACAAGUCUGUCUCUGUUCUGUGUGCGUACGAUAUGGACUCAUUUACUGUAAUAAAGUGAUGAA